GUUGAUUUCCUCUCCCAGGAGCUACCGGUGUGAGGCGCGCAGGGGACCUCACCGCCAGGGUCCGGGAUCGUGGUAGACCUCACCUCCCGGGUGCCUGGAGUGUCGUGGACCUCGCAGUCAGGGCCUGGAGAGCGUGGGGGUCGUCUGUGCGACCUCGCUGCCCGGGUUCCGGAAUCGAGGUGCGGCGCCCUUCCGUGCAUCCGCGAGUGGACCUCCUGUUCCGGGUCUGAAAGCCUCUCCAGUCUCCCUGCUGUGGCCACCCAAGGCUCAGGCAGCGUGUGUUCCAGAAAGCCUGUCUGCAGGGUUUCUUCUACCACUCUUCUGAGACCUGGCCACCAUGCCACGUAGCCCGACGUCCAGUGAGGAUGAGAUGGCCCAGAGCUUCUCUGACUACUCCAUGGGCUCCGAGUCUGACAGUUCCAAGGAAGAGACCAUCUACGACACCAUCCGGGCCACAGCAGAGAAGCCAGGUGGUGUGAGGAUGGAGGAGAGCCAGGGGGACACACUGGUGAUCCGCGUGGUCAUCCAAGAUCUGCAGCAGACGAAGUGCAUCCGCUUUAACCCGGAUGCCACAGUGUGGGUGGCCAAGCAACGGAUCCUGUGCACCCUGAAUCAAGGACUGAAGGAUGUUCUGAACUACGGGCUCUUCCAGCCAGCCAGCAAUGGGCGUGACGGCAAGUUCCUGGACGAAGAGCGGCUGCUGCGCGAGUACCCCCAGCCUGCGGGGCCGGGAGUCCCAUCUCUGGAGUUUUGCUACAAGAAGCGGGUGUAUAAACAGUCCAGUCUGGAUGAGAAGCAGCUGGCCAAGCUCCACACAAAGACCAAUCUGAAGAAGUUCAUGGACCAUACUCAUCAUCGGUCUGUGGAGAAGCUGGUCAAGCUGCUGGACCGAGGCCUGGAUCCCAAUUUCCAUGACCUGGAGACUGGAGAGACUCCCCUGACCCUGGCCGCCCAGCUGGAUGACUCCAUGGAGGUCAUCAAAGCCCUCCGAAAUGGCGGGGCUCAUCUGGACUUCCGCGCCAAGGACGGGAUGACCGCCCUGCACAAAGCCGCCCGAACCAGGAACCAGGCUGCCCUGAAGACCCUGUUAGAGCUUGGCGCCUCCCCGGAUUACAAGGACAGCUACGGCCUCACACCACUGUAUCACACAGCCAUUGUGGGGGGCGACCCCUACUGCUGCGAGCUGCUGCUACACGAGCACGCCACCGUGUGCUGCAAGGACGAGAACGGCUGGCACGAGAUCCACCAGGCCUGCAGGUACGGACACGUGCAGCACCUGGAGCACCUGCUCUUCUAUGGCGCAGACAUGGGUGCCCAGAAUGCCUCGGGGAACACAGCCUUGCACAUCUGUGCCCUCUACAACCAGGACAGCUGUGCGAGAGUGCUGCUGUUUCGGGGUGGAAAUAAGGAAUUGAAAAACUACAACAGCCAGACACCAUUUCAGGUGGCGAUCAUAGCAGGCAACUUUGAGCUGGCAGAAUACAUCAAGAACCACAAGGAGACAGACAUCGUGCCCUUCCGAGAGGCUCCAGCCUACUCCAACCGCAGGCGGCGGCCCCCAAACACGCUGGCCGCGCCCCGGGUCCUGCUGCGCUCCAACAGUGACAACAAUCUCCACGCCGGUGCGCCUGAAUGGGCUGUCUGCUCUGUGGCCACCUCCCACCGAAGCCUCUCGCCCCAGCUGCUGCAGCAGGUGCCCAGCAGACCCGAUGGCGCUGUGAAGAGUAUCCCAAGCUAUGCCCCUGGGCCCCGCAGCCGUUCACCGUCUCUCAACAGGCUCGGUGGCACAGGCGAGGAUGGCAAGAGGCCCCAGCCACAUUGGCAUGUGGGGCCAACUCUUGCUCCUGGUGCCAGCAAGGGCUCCCUCUCAGCCUUCGAGUACCCGGGACCCAAGCGGAAGCUCUACAGUGCGGUGCCUGGGAGACUCUUCGUCGUCAUCAAGCCAUACCAACCUCAAGUCGAUGGCGAGAUCCCCCUUCACCGUGGUGACAGGGUCAAAGUUCUGAGCAUCGGUGAAGGGGGCUUCUGGGAAGGCAGUGCCCGCGGCCACAUUGGGUGGUUUCCAGCUGAGUGCGUGGAGGAGGUGCAGUGUAAGCCCAAGGACGGCCAGGCAGAAACCCGUGCGGACCGCAGCAAGAAGCUCUUCAGGCACUAUACUGUGGGCUCCUAUGACAGCCUCGAGGCAUCCGGUGACUGCAUCAUCGAGGAGAAGACAGUGGUCCUACAGAAGAAGGACAAUGAAGGCUUCGGGUUUGUGCUCCGAGGGGCAAAAGCUGACACCCCCAUUGAAGAAUUCACACCAACGCCUGCAUUCCCAGCCCUGCAGUACCUGGAGUCUGUGGACGAAGGUGGGGUGGCAUGGCAAGCCGGACUAAGGACAGGGGACUUCUUGAUUGAGGUUAACAAUGAGAAUGUUGUCAAAGUCGGCCACAGGCAGGUGGUGAACAUGAUCCGCCAGGGAGGGAAUCACCUCGUCCUUAAGGUCGUCACGGUGACCAGGAAUUUGGACCCUGAUGACACCGCGAGGAAAAAAGCUCCCCCACCUCCGAAGCGGGCACCGACCACAGCCCUCACCCUGCGCUCCAAGUCCAUGACUGCUGAGCUGGAGGAGCUCGGCCUCUCACUAGUGGACAAAGCUGCAGUCCGGAAGAAGAAGGAUAAACCAGAAGAGAUAGUUCCGGCCCCCAAACCUUCCCGGGCUGCUGAUAACGUGGCCAUGGAGUCGAGAGUGGCGACCAUCAAGCAGCGGCCCACCAGCCGGUGCUUCCCAACGGUUUCAGAUAUGAAUUCCGUGUAUGAACGCCAAGGGAUCGCUGUGAUGACGCCCACUGUUCCUGGGAGCCCCAAAGGCCCAUUUCUGGGCCUUCCUCGAGGUACGAUGCGAAGGCAGAAAUCGAUAGACAGCAGAAUCUUUCUAUCAGGAAUAACAGAGGAAGAGCGACAAUUUCUGGCCCCUCCAAUGCUGAAAUUCACCAGAAGCCUGUCCAUGCCAGACACCUCUGAGGAUAUUCCCCCUCCACCACAGUCUGUGCCCCCAUCUCCGCCACCACCUUCCCCCACCACCUACAACUGCCCCAAGUCCCCAACUCCAAGAGUCUAUGGGACAAUUAAGCCUGCAUUCAAUCCAAAUUCCAUCGCCAAGGUGUCUCCUGCCACCAGGUCUGACACAGUGGCCACCAUGAUGAGGGAAAAGGGGAUGUUCUACAGGAGAGAGCUGGACCGCUACUCCCUGGACUCAGAAGACCUCUACAGUCGGAACGCCACCCCCCAGGCCACCUUCCGCAACAAGCGGGGCCAGAUGCCUGAGAACCCAUACUCAGAGGUAGGGAAGAUCGCCAGCAAAGCGGUCUAUGUGCCUGCCAAGCCUGCCAGGCGGAAGGGCAUGCUGGUGAAGCAAUCCAAUGUGGAGGACAGCCCCGAGAAGACGUGCUCCAUCCCCAUCCCCACCAUCAUUGUCAAGGAGCCCUCCACCAGCAGCAGCGGCAAGAGCAGCCAGGGCAGCAGCAUGGAGAUUGAUCCCCAGGCCACAGAGCCACCGGGCCAGCUGCGGCCUGAUGACAGCUUGACCGUCAGCAGCCCCUUCGCCGCUGCCAUUGCCGGCGCUGUCCGUGACCGGGAGAAGCGGCUAGAAGCCAGGAGGAACUCCCCAGCCUUCCUCUCCACCGAUCUGGGGGAUGAGGAUGUGGGGCUGGGGCCGCCCAUCCCCCGGGUGCGGCCCUCCAAGUUCCCUGAGGAGGGUGGGUUUGGCGAUGAGGAGGGCUCCGAGCAGCUGGUGUCACCCACGCCGGGGGCAUCACCAAGGGAGCCUGAAAACCACUUCGUGGGCAGUGGUGAGGCUGGUGCUCAGGGAGAGGCCGGGAGGCCCCUGAAUUCUGCAUCCAAAGCCAAGGGGCCUGAGGGCGGCCCAGCAGCGCCCCCCAAAAGCAGCAGCACAGCCAGCCCUGAGAAUUACGUCCACCCCCUCACUGGACGGCUGCUUGAUCCCAGCUCCCCACUGGCCCUGGCGCUGUCUGCGAGGGACCGAGCCAUGAAGGAGUCCCAGCAGGGGCCCAAAGGGGAGCCCCCCAAGGCUGACCUCAACAAACCUCUCUACAUUGAUACCAAAAUGCGGCCCAGUGUGGAGACUGGCUUCCCUCCAGUCACCAGACAGAAUACCCGAGGGCCCUUGCGGCGGCAGGAGACAGAAAACAAGUACGAGAUGGACCUGGGCAAGGACCGGAGAGGUGAGGACAAAAAGAACAUGCUCAUCAACAUCGUGGACACAGCGCAGCAAAAGUCAGCCGGCCUGCUGAUGGUGCACACCGUGGACGCCACCAAGACAGGUGCCCCCCUAGAGGAGGAAGAGGAAAGAGAUGAUGUGGACGUAAAGCCAGACCACUUGCCCUCCACAGUGCCAGAAGGCGUUUCCGAAACCGAAGGUGCUUUACAGAUCUCCGCUGCCCCCGAGCCCACCGCCACGCCCGGCAGGACCAUUGUGGCGGCGGGCUCCAUGGAAGAGGCAGUGGUUUUGCCAUUCCGCAUCCCUCCUCCCCCUCUGGCAUCCGUGGACUUGGAUGAGGAUUUUAUUUUUACAGAGCCAUUGCCUCCUCCCCUGGAAUUUGCAAAUAGUUUUGAUAUCCCUGAUGACCGUGCUGCUUCUGUCCCUGCUCUCACUGACUUGGCAAAGCAGAAGAAAAGUGACACCCCCCCGUCCCCUUCGUGGAACUCUGGCCAGCCAGCUAGCUCUGCAGACAGCAAGAAGCCAGCCAGCCUCUCAAACUGUCUGCCCACCUCGUUCCUGCCACCCCCCGAGAGCUUUGACGCAGUCACGGACUCCGGGAUAGAGGAGGUGGACAGCCGGAGCAGCAGCGACCACCAUCUCGAGACAACCAGCACCAUUUCCACCGUGUCCAGCAUCUCCACCCUGUCCUCUGAAGGCGGGGAGAGCAUGGACACCUGCACGGUCUAUGCAGACGGGCAGGCGUUUGUGGUUGACAAGCCCCCCGUACCUCCAAAGCCAAAAAUGAAGCCCAUAAUUCAUAAAAGCAACGCACUUUAUCAAGAUGCGCUCUUGGAAGAGGAUGUAGACAGCUUCGUCAUCCCCCCACCCGCGCCCCCACCCCCACCAGGCAGUACCCAGCCCGGGAUGACAAAGGUCAUCCAGCCAAGGACCUCCAAGUUGUGGGGUGAUGUCACGGAGGUCAAAAGCCCUAUUCUCUCAGGCCCAAAAGCAAAUGUCAUUAGUGAAUUGAACUCAAUCCUGCAGCAAAUGAACCGAGAGAAAUCGGCAAAGCCAGGGGAAGGACUGGAUUCACCGGCAGGAGCCAAGUGUGCCAGCCUCCCUCCCAGAAGCCCGGAGGUCAUGAGCACCGUCUCAGGUACACGGAGCACGACGGUCACAUUCACUGUCCGCCCUGGCACUUCCCAGCCCAUCACCCUGCAGAGCCGGCCCCCUGACUAUGAAAGUAGGACCUCAGGAACAAGACGUGCCCCAAGCCCUGUGGUCUCACCAACAGAGAUGAACAAAGAGAUCCUGCCCACCCCUCUGUCUGCCACAGCUGCGUCUCCUUCUCCCACACUCUCAGAUGUCUUUAGCCUUCCAAGCCAGUCCCCUGCUGGGGACCUAUUUGGCUUGAAUCCAGCAGGUCGCAGCAGGUCACCAUCUCCCUCAAUACUCCAACAGCCAAUCUCAAAUAAGCCUUUUACAACUAAACCUGUCCACCUAUGGACUAAACCAGAUGUGGCAGAUUGGCUGGAAAGUCUGAACUUGGGCGAACACAAAGAGACCUUCAUGGACAAUGAGAUUGAUGGCAGUCACUUACCAAACCUUCAGAAGGAAGACCUGAUAGAUCUGGGGGUGACUCGAGUUGGGCACAGAAUGAACAUAGAAAGGGCUUUGAAACAGCUCCUAGACAGAUAAGGAUGGCUGAUCCUUCCCUUUAUAGACUUCUUGUUAUAAGUAGAGAUGGGCUUAUGCUGAAAUAUCUGAUGGCCAAGCAGAGUCUGUGAGCACCAACCCCAUUCCAUGGGUUUGUCUCCCAGUACCCAAAGAAAUGCUGAGGGCAUCCAGUGUGGCUGAGCCAAAGCCUUGGAACCCCAGCUAUCCACAUGGGUUUCUUGGGCGGCUUCCAAUAAGGAAGGGCUGUCCAAUAAGGAAUGGGGAGGGGGAUUUUCUAACAUGGAUACAGAUUCCCGGCCUGCUUCCCAGCAUGCAGGUAACCUCGCUUUGCUGGGCUCAAGAGGCUCCCAUUGAUUUCACAGGGGAUCCUUGCUCUUGUAGGCAGACACCAAUGUACUCCAGAUACCUCCUGAGACCUCCCUGCUCUGCUUUCUGGGCAGCUCUUGCCACACAGGUCCCAACACAAGCCUUUCCUCCAUCCUGUGGCCUCUUAGAGGAUGCUCAAUGCCCAUUUGCUCCUGUCUCUUUCCUGUACUUGCUUGCAGUGAGAUGCUCCCAGACAGGCUCACCCAGUGCCCUUCCUGGGCCUGAAAGGUAGAGAAAUGUUUUUUUCCUAGCUGGAUCGCUUACCCCAUCUCCUCCAGUGUUGUACACCCAUGGUUCUUAGCCAUGAAGUUCUUGGCAGCAGUGGGCAUUUGAAUGGGAUCGUGCCCAGCUUUGCUUAGCUUUCUUUCUUUCUUUCUGCAAAUCUAUUAGCAUAAUUCCAAGGUGGCCAAACAGAUGUCACAUGGAGUUAGUCAAAGCACAAGGUCACGAUCCCAAGGAGGAGAGCCCUGGCCAUGGGAACCAGCCAUUGUGUAGUUUCCUGGGCCUGGGGCCUCUUCUAAGAUAAGAGCAGCUACUGCCAGGAGCAUCUGCCCAGGAUGUGGGGGGGUCUUCUGCCUCUCAGGAUUCUUUUUAAUUGAAGGCCUGUCAAGCUCUGCAAAGAUCAGAGCAGGUGAGCAUCCACGCUGACAUAAAGGACAAGAAGAUAACGUGGCUCAUGGUGAGCAUGUGCUGCCACAGGUGAGCUGACGUCUUCACCAGAAGUUGGUGAGACUCCGUGACCUCAGUCUGAACCCAGCUGAGGGUAAGCAUCUCUACCAAGAUGGCCCUUUUGCUCACAGAUACCAGGGAAGGUGAUACUUAGGGGCUUCUCCCCGUUCUCUCCAGGUGUCCGGGAAUCCCACCAGCUUGUCUUAAUAGUACAACAGGGUCUUGGAGGACCCCAUGGGCAGGGAGUUCAGACAGGACCCAGGGUAGAGAACAGAAGGUGGGCUGCAGGAUGCAGGUGAAACAUGGAUGAGUGCAGGAACAAGCCAGGGAGCGCUUCUGGACCAUGGCCCUGUCUGUGCCCAGCUUCCUGAGCCUGUGCCCUUCUUGCCUCCGAGUCUCCCCUUCCAGAAAUGAUACCUCUGAUGUCCAAGGGAGGUUACCAGUUGCACACAGGCUGCAAAACAUCAAGUCAGGCUUCCCGCACCUUCUGCCACGUGUGGAGAAAAUGCAAAUGUCAGGUGUGUGGUUUCAUUAUGAUUUCAGAAGUAGCCCAGCCCAUCUCUAAUUAUAAAACACCUUUUUCCUUUUUUUUUUUUUUUUUUUUUUUU